AAUCCGGCUCGGUGGACUUGCAUUUUAGGCCUAAAAUUUUGUGUGGCAGGGAAAAGUUGUCGGAAGUGGGAUUCGAACCCACGCCCUCAUUCGAGGACCAGAAUUCUCCACGCGAUGAGUGGAAGAACAUUUUGUCUUGAGUCUGGCGCCUUAGACCGCUCGGCUAUGGAGUCAUGUACUGGACAAAAGUCACGCUAUAGAGUGUCGUGUUGCGUAGUAGAGUGUCGAGGUGCAAUAUAGAUCCCAAGGUCGCGAGGCGUAGUAUAGGUGGACGCGAGGCGAAAUAGAGAGUCGCGAGGCGUAAUAGUGAGACGCGUAUGUAAUAAUAGAGAGAUGCGAGGCGUAAUAGAAGGACGCGAUGCGUAACAGAAGGACGCGUUGCGUGAUGGAAAGACGCGCAAACAAGGGCGACGCGGCGUGUAGGAAGAGGGGACGCGUACUUUCGCGCCAUUUGCCUUGGUUACCCGUGAAUAAAUUUCGAAUUUUUUCAAUUGACUGGCAAAUUAAUCAAGACAAAACACGAAAGAAAAAGUAAGUUUUUGUAGCAGCUGGGCUGACCGUUCUCUCUGAUUUUUUCUCUCCUGUUUUUUUAAUUUCUGCUGUAUUAUAGUUAUAUUCUGAUAAAUUGUGAGAAGUUGCUAAUUCAUAAGUAUGUGUAGUAGUGAAGGGAAGCAAUGUAGGGCAACGACGACAUUUGUCAACACAGGUAUAGCUGGCACCCCCCCCCCUCCUCAUAUAUAUUUUCUCAUUAAAAUUUGUAAUGGGCUAGCUAUACUAUUGCUAUAAAUAAUGGAUUAUAUUAUUUGCCCUAGCAACUUUUACUUCCUUUUUUCCUUCCCUUGUAUACACCACCAAUCAACCCCCCUCCCCCUGCAACGAGGAGGGUGCCGAUAAGCCGAAAAAUGUUAUUACACUGCUUGCAUGCUAUUCUGUUAUAAGCAAUGUGCUGUUUUUGUAUUAAUAUUGUGUUUUGUAUCACCAUGUGAUUACAAUGUUUUGAUAGGUAAACAGGGCAGCUUAUAAAACAGAACGUAGGACUACGACUGGUAGUUAAAUGGAACUGUGCGGUGCAUAUGCAUGUGUACAACAACACUGUCAACAGGUGUAUUGUAAUGAUGGCAAAUUUCUCAAGUUUUGGUUUUCUUCAAGUGACACUGCACCCAUUUUCAAGAAUUUUAAAUAAUGCAGCAAAUAUGUACAAUGUUCUUAUUCGAUUUUCCUUUAAGGAUAUUCUUAAGACAUUUUUAAAUUUUUGUCUUACUAUCGUGAAUAUUUAUCGGCAUGGUUGUAAUUUUCAAAACUUUCAAGCUAAAUUGUAUGUGAUGUUUUAGGAAUUAAAAAUUGAUUCAGCAUGCAGAAAGUGAAAGACGCUAUAGACAGACUGAAUAAUGCAUUGGAUGGUCUGUCAUCAUCAACAACAAGUACUCAAAAUAAUCCAAAUCAGAACAUCUUCCAGAGUCCAAACUCACAUCCAAGUCCAAACUUACAUCCAAGUCCACAACAUCAGAGAAUUCUACAAGAUUUCAAUAAGCAAUUUCCAGCGUUGAAUGCUGGUGGUAGCCGAUAUCGCCCACAAGCAAAGAAACCACGUCUCUCUAAUAACUUCAUUAAGGACACAUGGACCCAUAAAUUCUGUGCACUGAGCUACAAAGAUACAUCAGUUUCACCUAAUACACGUGAAUUAAUGGAGCUAAACCAAGUUGGUCUCGGAAUUGAAAAAGUUGUUUUUCCUUCCAAAACUGGAACACAUGCUAUGCUUCUGGAAGAGUUAACAAAAGCUUAUCCAAAAUUAUCAUCACAGAGUGGUGGCAUUGAACUUCUGAGGGCUGAGAGUGGUGGAAUAAACCGACCAUUGGUGUUGAUACCACCAAGAAAAGAUGGUUAUUCUAUCAGCUAUUUAAAAAAUUUAGUACCCGGUCACGCUGUAAUAUACAUCAGACCAGUGCAGAGCGACUUACCAAUGGAGGAACCAACUAUGGAUUCAGUCCUAUGCAAGAAUUCUUCCAGUGAUAUACAUACUUUUAAUGAUCAGAUUGAUUAUGAUUAGUCUCGAAUUUAUGACUGACUUGUACGCUCCUUGAAGUCUAUAUAUACUGCACAUGCAUUUAUAAGUUCGUCUUUUUGUUGUUCUAUUUUGUUUGUUUUCUAACUUUUAUAUGGAAAAGAUGUAUGGUUAUAGUCGUGAUCAAGUUACGCAUUGCAUUAUCAUUCAGCUGUGCUAACCAAGAAGAUAUUUUUCUUUUCUUUUUAUUUCACAAGGGUUAUGUUUGUUAUUUUGUUCUUUAUGUGAAAAAAUGUUCUACUUAUAUACGGUCGACUCACUCAGAGAAAGUUAUUUAAAAACAGAACUGUUAUCGUUAAGUAACUUUUAAACAUAUUUCGAACAUUUUGGAGGGAAUUUCGUCUGGCAUUUUUAGGAUUUAUUGUAUGAUUAAACAAACAAGUGGUUUUGUUGACAUUUCGUGUACUUAUGCAGUACUUUUAUUUUUCAGAAUAUAACAUGAAUAUACAACAAUUGAGUCCAGUUGAUUUUAUUAAGAAUUCUGUUGUUGAUACAUUGAAACUAAUCCAGUCGUUAUUGUCAUCCUUUGUUGACGCGAAUACAGCAGAUUUGGAUUAUCCUGUCUAUAGACUUGAUGAACUUUACAGCUUCUGCUCUAGAGCAGCUUUAGAGUAUCCAGAUGUUAUAACCGAAAAUGUACUGAGUAGUAUUCAUCAAGCAUCAGUGAUAAUUCAAUCAGUGAACAAAACUAGUAACGCGGAAACUGUACGGCACAAGAUAGGCAGGCCUUCUUUCGAUAUACCUGAGGAAACUCUAAAAACUUUAGUGAGGUUGAAUUUUUCGCAGACGGCAAUAGCUGAAAUGUUCGGAGUAAGUGCAAAAACUAUUCAAAGAAGAUUUAAAGAGUUUGAUAUUGAACCUAAAUCGCACACUAUGAUUGGUGACGAGGAACUUGAUGAACAUGUCAAAAAAAUUAUUUCAGAUUUUCCUAACUGUGGCAUACGUAGAAUGAAAGGUUUUUUACUGUCUCAUGGUUAUCACAUUCCUUGGAAAGUUGUUCGUGAUAGUAUGUGGCGGGUUGAUCCAUCAGGGCUAUUGAUGCGCUCGUUGCAACGUAAUGUAGUUCGAAGAAGAAAAUAUAGUGUUGCAGCGCCAAGGUCAUUGUGGCAUAUAGACGGCAAUCACAAAUUGAUAAGAUGGUCGAUAGUCAUUCAUGGCGGCAUAGAUGGGUAUUCUAGGCGUCUAAUGUUUCUGUCGUGCGGAUCAAGUAACAAGGCUACUGUAGUACUCGAUUUAUUUCUGACCGCAGUACAAAAUUUUGGCUUGCCGUCGCGUGUAAGAGGAGAUCAUGGGGUGGAAAAUGUAGACGUUGCUUGGUUUAUGAUAUCAAGACGAGGAAGUAAUCGUGGUAGCUUUAUCGCUGGGAAAAGUUGCCAUAACCAAAGGAUAGAGAGGUUCUGGAGAGAUCUAUUCCACGGCUGCACAUACAUAUACCACAACAUAUUCACUUACUUGGAAGAGAUAGGAGCCUUGGAUAUAUCGAAUGAGUUGCAUUUGUUUUGCCUUCAUUAUGUUUUUAUUCCAAGAAUAAAUGCACAUUUUCAAAGAUUUAUCCUGGGCUAUGAUCACCAUCCUAUCCGAACAGAGAGAAACCUUUCUCCUCUUCAAUUAUGGGAAAGAGGUUUGUUGUUGCAAAGGAGACCGUCAGAAGAUGAUAUUGUCGAUGACUGCGAUUCAUAUGGUAUAGAUUGGAGUGUACCGAGUCAUUAUAUCGAAACCCGUGACGAUGCUAUUGUGGUUCCCGAGAUAAAUCAUCCAUUUCAAAGUAAUGACUUAUACCUGGAAUUUUGUAGAUCUAACGAUCCAAUGGCAAAUUGCGAUAACUUCGGUAUCGAAGUGUUUCUUCGAACUGUUCAGGUCGUAGAAAGUACAUUGUCAUGAACACCACUAUUAGUUCACUCACAGAACUUUUGAUUGAAUUGCUUAACUUGACAUUAGUUACAUUAGAUACAUUACAAAGAAGAAAUUCAAACAUUUUGUUCACUAUAUACGUACUAGAUAUUAUGCUUAGGUAAAAUAAAGCUCCUUCAGUUCUUCUAACCACGCGAAAAAAUAGCCACAGCAGUAGUCAUUUAAUAAGUUCUUCCCGUGCCUAAUUAUAGAGCGCGCUCUUUUUUGUUUCCCCGUCCCAACGUCGAAAAGUUGUAUUAUGCCCUGAUCGAGGUUGUUAUUCUGCUUAUCAUAACUCCCCUCUAAUAGGCAUAUAAUAUACACGAGAGGUUAUGAUGAACUAGUAGCCCUUGUACACCAAGUAUGGAAUCUUUUUUUUUCAUUUUUUCCUUUUAAAGUAUUCAUGACAAGAAAAAAGUGAAGAUGUA